AUGCCUGACAUCUCACGUCAUAGUAUUCUAGAAACAAGAGGUCAAGAUAACACUUAUGAAGAGGCCACUCCGGAGGAAUACUUUGACGCGGAAGAUUACAGAUCAGAAACGCCAGAUUGUACAACGAAACCUUUAGACACCAACGACCAUAUUACGCCCUUUCUAAGAGCACUCCUUCAAGAAGACUGGUCCAACGUUUAUGGAGUAGCGCAGUAUGCAGAAGACGUGCCUCAAGCUCUACAAAGAGCGAAUGAGUUUGAGGAAGGCGAUCUUUUACAGGAGCUCGAAGCCUUUGUUAAGGACUGGACUUCAAAGGGAGUUCUACAGCCUAUAGAAGGUCUGGAUUUUCAUAAUGCAGAUGCUUACAAAAGACUGGCCUGA